AUGCAAACGUCUGCAACAGCGUCUACCUCGAAAUCAGACAUACCUAAAACUUCUAAACCAUCGAGCAGCAAGUGUGAUAAAAGUGAGUCCAACUCAAAUGAGAAAACCUCUGAUAACAAUGGGACAACAGGAUCAUUUGAAUGUAAUAUAUGUCUUGAUUCAGCUCGAGAUGCAGUUGUGAGUAUGUGCGGUCAUCUUUUUUGUUGGCCAUGUCUUCAUCGAUGGCUUGAGACAGCGGAAACUCGAACAGUAUGUCCAGUGUGUAAGGCGGCAAUCAGCAGAGAUAAAGUUAUUCCUCUCUACGGUCGCGGUGCCGAUCAUACACAAGACCCUCGUACAAAAAUCCCACCACGUCCACCUGGUCAACGUAGUGAACCUGAACCAGGUAUGGGGGGUUUGGGAGGAACAUUUGGCGGAUUGUUUGGAGGUCCUGAUGGAGUCCAAUGGUUCGCGUGA